GUUCAACAGCUCGCGCUGCUGAAUCACUCGGCUUUCGAUUGCUCACGCCUGAAGCGAACAUGGCAGAUACAGAAGCUCAGUUAUGUAUUCCCGAGUUCAGCACCCCUCUACAAAUGGACCCUUACCUCAAACCGUAUAAAAAGGACUUUGAAAGGAGAUAUGGUUUGUUUCAGAAGCAGUUGAUGCUCCUGGAGGAGGCUGAAGGGGGCUUUGAUCAGUUCACACGUAGCUAUAAGACCUUCGGAGCACACCGCCUGCCGGACAACAGUCUCGUCUUUAAAGAGUGGGCUCCAGCUGCUGAGGCUCUGUUCCUCACUGGAGACUUCAAUGGCUGGGAUAAAUUUUCUCACCCAUAUAAAAAGCUGGAGUUUGGGAAAUGGGAGCUGCACAUACCACCCAAGGAGGACAAUUCACCAGCUGUUGCUCACAAUUCCAAGCUAAAGGUGGUGCUUCACACCAAAGAAGGAGAGCGACUGUAUCGAAUUUCACCUUGGGCAUCGUAUGUUACCAAAGCUAGCACAUCAGUUGUGUAUGACUGGGUGUUCUGGGAUUCACCUCAUCCUUAUGUGCAUAAACAUCCCCGACCACGGAAGCCCCGCAGUUUACGGAUAUACGAGUCACACGUUGGCAUCGCAUCCCCAGAGGGCAAAGUGGCAUCCUACAGCAACUUCACACACAAUGUGCUGCCUCAAAUAAAAGACCUUGGUUACAACUGUAUUCAGAUGAUGGCUAUCAUGGAACACGCCUAUUAUGCUAGCUUUGGUUACCAAGUCACGAGUUUCUUCGCAGCAUCCAGCCGAUUCGGCACUCCAGAUGAACUGAAGGAGCUCAUCGAUGUGGCUCACUCUAUGGGCAUCAUGGUGCUUUUAGACGUGGUGCACAGCCAUGCUUCCAAAAACACAGAGGAUGGUCUUAACCACUUCGAUGGCUCUGAUUCAUGCUUCUUCCACAGUGGACAACGAGGGGAUCAUCCUCUUUGGGACAGCCGACUCUUCAACUACUCCAGCUGGGAGGUGCUGCGUUUUCUCUUGUCAAACCUGCGCUGGUGGCUGGAGGAGUACCGUUUUGAUGGAUUUAGGUUUGAUGGAAUUACCUCCAUGCUCUACCAUCAUCAUGGUGUCGGUUCAGGAUUUUCAGGCUCAUAUUCAGAGUAUUUUGGGCUCCAUGUUGAUGAGGACUCACUAGUCUACCUCAUGCUAGCCAACCAUAUUCUACACACCCUGUAUGAAGACUGCAUAACUAUAGCUGAGGACGUGUCCGGAAUGCCCAUGCUCUGUCGACCUGUUCAGGAGGGAGGCUGUGGCUUUGACUACAGGCUGGCCAUGGCUAUUCCUGACAAGUGGAUCCAGAUCAUAAAAGAAGUCAAGGAUGAAGACUGGAACAUGGGCAACAUUGUGCAUACUCUGACCAACAGGCGCUAUGGGGAGAAAUGCAUCGCGUAUGCUGAGAGCCACGACCAGGCUCUGGUAGGAGACAAGACCCUGGCCUUCUGGCUGAUGGAUAAAGACAUGUACACCAACAUGAGUGCCUUAAUUCCCAUGAACCCUGUCAUUGACCGGGGCAUUCAACUGCAUAAGAUGAUCCGGCUCCUGACGCAUAGCCUGGGAGGGGAGGGCUACCUUAACUUCAUGGGUAAUGAAUUUGGCCAUCCAGAGUGGCUGGAUUUCCCACGUGUUGGGAACAAUGAGAGCUACCACUAUGCACGUCGCCAGUUUAACCUAGUGGACACAGAUCACCUGCGUUACCGUCAAUUAUACAUCUUCGACCGGGACAUGAACCGUACCGAGGACAAGUAUGGCUGGCUUUCUGCAUCACCAGCAUAUAUCAGCACAACGCAUGAGAGUAACAAGGUGAUCGUGUUUGAGAGAGCCAAUGUCAUUUUUAUCUUCAACUUCCACCCCACUAACAGCUACAACAACUACAGGGUGGCAGUGGGACCACCAGGAAAAUACAAAAUCAAGCUGGACACUGAUGCGUUUCAGUAUGGAGGCCAUGGCCGACUGGACCACAGCACAGAGUUUUUCACUGAGCCUGUUCCUUGUAAUGACCGUCCAAACUCCAUGCAGGUUUACAUUCCCUGCAGAACAGCUGUUGUUCUAGCCAACGAGGAAAUCGAUUACUGCUACUGAAACACAGUGAUUCACUGAGAGAUUGAUACUCAGCAAAUGUGUCUCUCCACUGGUUUCAAUCUAAGAUUUGUGUUUGAUACACCAUAAGAGCCUCGCACAGUUUUUCACCUUUCCCACUCACAGCACUUUCCAAACAAGGCCUCGUUAAUUUCUGAAACCGCUGUAAUCCUGAAAAAUGGUAGAUUGUAGUACAUCCCAUGGUUGCUGUUACAGUGUCAUACAUAAAUAGCAUGUUUUUCUGAAACUGUUCAUAAAAACACCAUAUGGACUUAAUCCGUUCUAACUUUUUGCUAUAACUAUUCAUCCCUGAAUUCCUGAAAAGUGUGUGAGUGUGUGAGUGUGUGAGUGUGUGAGUGUGUGAGUGUGUGAGUGUGUGUGUGUGUGUGUGUGUGUGUGGAACUUCGCCUAAAGGACGUGUUCAUAAGACUACAUGAUGUAACAUUCCCUUCAUGACACCUGACAUAAACCUACAUAAAUGUUUAUAAAAGCUUAUUCCAGUAUCACCUGUCAGCAUUUGGUGAUUUAGUUGUUGAGAAUACAUAAAACUUAAUAUAACAUUUUUUUGUUAACAUAAGAUUGGAUUGUGACACUUUUUAAGGCUGAUUUACUUUGAGAACACAAAUUACUGCACUUCAGAUAAUGAUGCUGAUCAUCAUAAACACAGUAAGCUGCACAUACUGUACACUGUAACAACUCUACUACUAUAUGAGAGGUAUGUACUGUAUAUUUCUUGAGUUUUAUUUUACUGUUUAUAAGAUUUUGAGGAAUGACUGGUGUGUACACUGCCUAGAAAAUGCCACAACAAAAUUAUUCCCUCUGUAAUGUCAUUGACAUCAAAGUGAGCAAAAUCAUCUAAGACACCUGACACAAUAGGAAUAAGCCUAAGCCUAAGUCUAUUCUGCAGUAGACUGGUGUCCCAUCCAAAGUGUAUUCCUACUUUGUGCCCAGUUUUUCCUGGGAGAGUCUCAGCAGCUCCUGUGACCUUGACCAGGAUAAAUAAGUUACUGAAGAUGAUUGAAUGAAAUGUUUUAUGUUAACUUGUGAACACACUUAAGGAAAGUAUUACCGCAUACUAAAAAAAAAAAAAAUCUCUCAACAUGUGAAUUAAAAUAUAUUUCAUGCCUGAGCUGUUCAAUCUGAUGAAAAUGUAAUGGGUAAUUUCCAGGUCUGGUUUGUGAUAUUUUUUAAUUCUGAUAUAUUUAUUUUUGUGUGCUUUGCAAUAUUAUUUUUUCAACCACUUGACUAAUGGAUAGUAAAAAGAUGAUGUGAUAAAUAUUUGAUCUUCGUGUCAAGAACUGAUCUAAAAUGUCUUCAGUAGGACCGAAUAUCUGAAAGCAAUAAAAAAACACUUCAGUGUAUUGACUGAAUAAGAAAAAUGAUAUCAUCUUCUUUGAAUACAUUGCAUUUAUUUCCAUUUUCUUAUACUGUUCCUGAUGUUCUAGAGGAGUUCCUGCUUUGAAUAGAGAAGCUAACAAGGAUUCGGGUUCAUUUGAAUAGUUUGAUUAGGGCCAGAAUAAGGUGUUAUUUAAUAUGUAUAUAUUAAGGUGAAUGUUAGUGAAGGACCCAUUUACCCAAGUCAACUGUAAAUGAAGUGUUGGCACAAAUUUUUCUUCUGUGUAUUGGUCUUGUCUGUUAAAUAAACAUCACAGUAUUGUAUAAUGGUUAAAUGGGCAGCAGAAUGUCCCAUUAUAAUUUUAGUCUAUUAUGAACUUUCCGUUGCCUGCCUUCCCUCUUCAACAACAGUGUUUUUCAUUAAUGUCAAGUAGCUACUUGAAGAUAAUG